GACAUCAACAAUGUCAAAAUCAAAACGUAAAGGUUAGGAUUCUAAGAAAUGAUGUGUCAAAGUCGAAAUCUGUGAAUAAAUAUUAAAGUUUAUACUAAUUAUGAAAAGGUAAUAAGCAAAUAUAUCUGAUCCAAAAUGGCAGUUGUAAUAGAAACAACUCUCGGUGAUAUUACAGUAGAUUUAUACUUAGAACAGCGACCAGUUACGUGCUUGAAUUUUCUGAAACUAUGCAAGAUGAAAUAUUACAAUUACAAUCUAUUUCACUCAAUACGUAGUGGUUUUAUUGCUCAAACUGGAGAUCCAACCGGUGAAGGGUCGGGUGGCGUAUCUAUAUGGGGCUUAAUAGAAGGGCCGCAAAAGCGUUUCUUUUCAGGCGAAAAAAUGCCUAAAAUACGUCAUACAGAUGCUGGUUUGCUAGCCAUGGUGUGCACAGAUGAUAUGAUGGUCGGUUCCCAAUUUUAUUUUACGCUAGCUCCAGACUUAGAUUCCUUGGACGGCGUACACUGUGUCAUUGGAGAAGUUACAGAAGGCCGGGAAAUAUUAAGUAAGUUAAAUGAAGUUAUAUGUGAUGAAACUCACCGUCCUUAUCAAGAUGUUAGGAUCACCCACACAGUUGUACUUGAAGAUCCAUUUAGAGAUCCUCCUGGGCUAACACCUCCAUCCAGAUCCCCAUCACCAAGUGCUGAACGUUUAAAAGGUGGUAGAAUUGCACCCGAUGAGGAAAUAGAUGAAACACAAGGCAGAACUGCUGAAGAAAUACAAGAGAUGGUUGAGGAAAAAGAGGCUAAGGCCAGAGCAACCAUUUUAGAAAUAGUUGGCGAUUUACCAGAUGCUGAUAUUGCACCUCCUGAAAAUGUACUGUUUGUAUGUAAAUUAAACCCUGUCACAACAGAUGAUGAUUUAGAAAUUAUUUUUAGUCGAUUUGGAAAAAUUGUAAGCUGUGAAGUAAUAAGGGAUAAAAAGACUGGCGAUUCUUUACAAUAUGCAUUUAUAGAGUUUGCUGAUAAGCAAUCAUGUGAAGAUGCAUAUUUCAAAAUGGAUAAUGUAUUAAUAGAUGAUCGCCGAAUUCAUGUGGACUUUUCACAAUCUGUGUCAAAAAUGAAAUGGCUGGGAAAAGGCAGAGGUGUGAAGUAUUUUAAUGAUAAUGAACCUAAAACUGUUAAGAGAGGCCAAGAUAAAUCUAGAUCUAGAAGUAGAGAAAAAAAUUUACAGUCAAGAAAUGACAAGGAAAAGUAUAGGAGUAGAAGCAAAUAUAAUAAGUCACAAAGUAGUAAUAAUAGAGAUAAGAGAUACAGCGAUGAUAAAGACCGUUCAAGUCGAAGAGAUGGUAAGGAAAGAAGUAGAAGUAAAUCUAGGGUAAAAAAUUACGAGACAUCAUCGAAACGUGAAAGAAGCCCAUAUAGUAGUAGGAAAACUUCGGAUACAGACAAGGACAGAAAAGAAAAACAUCAUAGUACCCAUAACAAUGAUAAAAACAACUAUAGUCAUAAUAAUAAAGAGAAAUAUACUAAAGGUAACAAUAGAGAAUCAUCAGUAUCUCCCAUAAAACAUAUAGAAGAAAGGAAAAGACAUAUCAAAAAUAACAAUAGACAGGCAUCUCCAUCAUCUACUAAAUAUGGUAAUGUAGAAGAUAGACAAUCAAAAGAUAGUAGGAAAAGAAAAUCUCAGUCGCCCACCAAAAACAUAGAUAAGAGAGAGAGAAUUUCAAAUAGAGCGGAAUCUCCAUCUCCUACCAGAAAUGUGAAAGAAAUUGAAAGACAUUCUAAAAGUAACAAAAGGGAGAAAUCUCAUCCGCCCGUGAGAUAUACAGAAGACAGGGAUAGAAAUUCUGAAAGUAAUAGAAGGGAGUCUCAUUCUCCUGCAAGAUUAGCUAAUGAUAGUAAUAGACAUACUAAAAUUAAUAUUACAGAGGCAGCUCCAUCCCCUAUCACAAAACAGAAAGAUCAAGAUGAAAUAGCCAGAGAAAGUUCUAGAAAUAAAAAGAAAUAUUAUAAACAAUCUUACAACAGUGAACAUGAUUCUAAAAACAACAAACGUAAACUUCAAGAAAAUGAAAUGAAUAGUAGUAAUAAAAAAUCUCGACGUGAGCAACCCAAAACACCAUCUCCAUUAUGUAAAAGAGAACAUGAAAGAAAAGAACAAAAGAAAACCAAAACUAAACACAUAAACAAAUCAAAAGACAGGAAAAAUAGAAAAUUAAAUAAAAAGAGAAAACCAUCUACAUCUUCUGAUAGUUCUUCAGAAUCAAGUACAUCUAGCAGUAGUACAAGUUCUUCAAGUGAAUCCGACAGAAAAAAGAAAAAGUUGAGAAGAAAAAGAAAGGAAUCAACUUCAAGUAGUAGCAGUAGCUACUCUAGUGACAGUUCAAGCUCAUCAAGUUCAAGUUCUACUAGCUAUAGUAGUAGCUCAAGUUCUAAUAGUGAUCACAAGAAAAGAAAACACAAAAAGAAAGUCAAGAAAAAUGUUAAAAAACCUAGAAAUAAGUUAUAGUAAUUAAUUGUAGAAUUCAUUCAGCUUAUAGUACAAU